GUGUGUCUUGAGCGCCCAUUAUCGGAAAGACGUGAGACGAGAGACGGCAUUGACAACAAGACCAGACCUCUGGAUACUCUGUCGUUGAAAACUCCUUCGAGUGAAGAAUAAUGCUGAGGCGCAUCAAUGUUGGGGAUGACGCUCGAUGGAGCCCUUCUGUCUCCGUCAUCACCCCUUCGUCGACUCCAGCGUCGCCCUGCGGCGACCGAGUGACGCGUCUGAGGAGCAACCGUUCGGAACGCAAACACGUCUCCAGCAACAAGAGCCUCGUUCUGAAGUUGGGCGUCUGCUUCCUGUACCUGGUGGCCCUGCAAAACGCGGUGUCCACCACCUUCAAGUGUGCCUUCACCCGGAUCCCCAUGAACGUGCUGGAUGCAGUGUCCGUGGCCUGUCGCACAUUGUUCGCCGCGCUGACCUCGCACCUGUACUGCAGGAGCUAUCCGGACAUCGUCCGCUUCCUCUCCCGCGACCGCAAGCUGGACCCAGGACUGUACCAGGAGCUGAAAGACAGCAUUGUCAUGCGGCGCAAGCGGUGGCUGGCCCAUGGACUUGCGGUCGCUUAUGGGGUCGCCAUGGCGGUACACCAGUGCGCCUGGCUGUACCGGUACGGGCCGCUGGUCUACUUUCGCAGCCAGCUGUACAACUUGGAUCCCGUCGCACUGCGCAUGCGCCCCAGCGUGGUCGCCUUCGCCGCCAUAGUGGACUUCACGGCGUUCAAUGUGGCCGUGCUAGUGCCCGCAUUCUGCAUGGCGCACUACGUCACCGUCUGCGACCUAAUUGUGCUCAAGGGAAGCCGUUUCCGCGGCUUGCUCAAAGGGUACUGCAUCUCCGGUGGCGACGGUAUCAAGGUCAGCACCGUGCGCAAGCUGCAGGCAUCUUACGCAUCCCUCAAGGAUGCGGUGCAGUUCGUGGACAAGAACCUUCGCGCAGCGGUGUUCAUCUGGUACGUGGACACCGUGCUGAACAUCGUGGUGAGUGUGCGUUCGGUGCAGCACACGCUGGCGCACUUCAACGCGUACUCGGCGGCCGGGGCGUACGUGCACGCGGCGUACCUGGCCGCCGCCUUUCUUCUCGUCUCGCUCUCGGCUGCCAACCUGGUGGCACAGAGGAGGCACCUGCUGCACGACAUGUGCCGCCUGGUGUGCGCCAUCGGCACCGCAGAGGACGACGAGCUUUGCAACCAGGUGAUGCUUCUUCAGGAGGACGUCGCCAACGGGCAGCUGGCGUUCACAGGUUGGGACUGCUUCGACAUCGAUCGUCCUUUGAUCCUUAGUGUCAUGGGAGCCGUCAUCACGUACUCCGUUGUUCUUCAGCAGCUCACCUAAGCCAGCACCUGUAGCUUCUGAUCAAUUUGGAGAGUA